AUGGAAAAGUUUAUUGAAAUGCAAAAAACGUGGUCUAUGAUACAAUAUGAAAAGGAAUUAGAACGGUUGCACAAAAGAGCGGAUGUGUUUUUAUGUUAUUAUUGGAUGGGGGAUAAUGUUUAUUUUGAAAAACCUUUAAUUCAAAGACAAUUUGAUGCAAUUCUUGAUGUUAUAGAAAAACGAUAUUCGGCUGAAAUAAAUACGGUUAUAACCGAGAAAACACUUGAUUUAAACAACUUGUCAGGGUAUAAUAAUCAAUAUCGUUAUUUGCUUGUGUGUAUUGAUGUGGGGACACGUUAUGCUUUUGUGAAACCGCUAAAAACAAAAACUGCCAAAAAUGUUGCGGCUAAAUUUGAAGAAAUUAUUCUUGAAAACGGUGCGCCUAAAAAAAUACAAGCCGAUGAGGGUACAGAAUUUAAUAAUAUUAAAAAAAUCCUUGCCCCCAAAUAUAAUUUUACACUAUUUCACACGCAAAAUCGUGACAUAAAAGCCGCACAUGCAGAAAGAUUUAUUGAAACUAUCAAGGACAUGAUUCAGCGUACGCUGACUAUGCAAUCAAGCUAUCGAUUUAUUAAAUAUCUUCGGAUUAUUGUUGAAAGAUAUAACGAGGCACCACAUCGAGGAAUUCACAAUGUAACACCUGUUGACUUGUACAAAAAUGAAAAAAUGCCCGCAUUUUUAAAGUUUAAAAUUCUAAAAAAUUACUUAUCGGGUUCACAACCACCCACAAGUUUGUUACGUGCCGGUCAAACAGUAUGUAUUGCAAGAAUCAAAAAUAGUAUUUUUGAAAAAUCAAGCUUAAGACGUUGGGGUAGAGAAAUCUUUAUAAUUGAUAAAGUUUUUAUUACCAAUCCUGUGACGUACAGAUUAAAGGAUAAACAGAACGAAAAAAUUACGGGCAUAUUUUAUCGUGAAGAACUACAACCAAUAUGA